AUUCACUUCCUGAUUCAACAGUUUGUUGUUAUGGGUGUCGGGUGACCUUCAUAAGAAUACUUUUAUGUUUAUUCUUUAUUACCACAGCAAUUAUUUGAAAUAAUGUACUUAUGAAAUGAGAUUUAAUCAGAAAGAAUUGGCAUUCCUUGCUCUUCAACCUGCCGAAACAUUUGAUCUUGAAGGGUCACUAUGGCUGAAAGAAAAAGAAGGAUAUUUUUGGCAACGCAAUGAAUCCUACACAGAAAGAUGGUGUCGACUAAAGGGGAACUUGUUGUUUUACUGUAAAACUAAUGAAAAGUUAUCAGAACCAGCUGGUUUGUUGGUUUUGGAACGCUGCCACAUUACAAAAGAUGCGUCUUCAAGCAGGAAACAUGCCUUCAUUCUUGCCUUUGAUCGACAAGACGAAAGCCAACACUACCAUUUUGCAGCUAAUAGCGAGGCUGAAUACAAUGAUUGGACGACACGUAUUGUUGGUGCAAGUUAUGAAAAACUGAAAGAAAAACUGCAGAAACUCUGUGAGCAAAUAACAGAAAUUACUGGCAAGCAUCCUUUACCUCAAAAUCACCCACAUCGUAACGAUUCGUUUAUAAUGUCUGCUUUACCAUCCGUUAUUCCCGUCCAAGAAGAUUCACCUUUUUUGGAAAUAAGCAUUGGCUGUAAUAGUUUGAAACAAAGUAUAGAAAACAGAGAUCCGAAUGCUGUAGUUCAUGUGAGCACAAUGACGCCACCUGGAGCAAAGUGGACACGACUUACACAAACUGAAAUAAUUGAGAAAACAACUGAUCCAUGUUUUUUGACAACCGUAAGUGUGCCGUCUGGUCCCAACUUUAGUGAAGUAACAAGAUUAAAGUUUGCAGUAUUUGAUGUUCGAGAUCGUGUUAAAGAAGAGAUGACUCAUUUGGGUCAGGCUGUUUGUACAAUAAAAGAUGUUCUCAGCUCGUCUAAUCAGAAAAUUCAACUAUCUUUGACUGGUUUGGAUUCUCCUACACCGUCGGGAACUAUAACAUUACUGGGAUGGAAGAUGGGAACAUCGACUAAUGAUAAGUCAGCAGCAUUGUCUUGCAAUAAUGACAAAUUGAAAUCAAGACCUAGCACAACUAACCGACCAAAACUGGAUAGCGUUUUGCAAAGAGCAUUUACUAUUCCCACAAGUAAAGAUACAAGUGUGAUAGUUAUGGAUAUCAUGGGUGAAAGUUACCUUACAUUCACUGUACCUCAACAAAUGUUGAAGAUUUUUAUUACCGAAGAAAAACAAAAAAUUUUAGAUUUAAAUAACCUCGGCAAUUUGAUGCCUGAAUGGGACAAUGUUCGUCAAGAAAUUCUUGAUGAUCAUUUCAACUUGGUCAGUAAAUACACUGAUCGCUAUCGUCAUCUGAAUAGUUUAAGAGAGCGUCAAGACAAUGUGUCGUCAAGGGGGAAUUUCAAACCAAGUCGUUUAAAAACAGAUAAAACGUUAGCUUUUGUUACCACAAACUUACAUUUACAAAGACUGAAAGUAAUCGAUGGAACUAAUGAGCAAGUUUAUGAUGUUGUUACUUUUGGAGCACCUUCAGCUCAUUCAAUGAAAUUCGGUAAAGGAGGAUUGCGAAAACUGUUGGGAACACCAAGUACAAGUGACAGACUAGUGAGAGCACGAAACAUGAAAGGGGAUUUAGAUAUGUUACAUCACACUAUUCAAAGUCUUUGCGAAGAAAUGAAAAGAGCGCUGUUAAACAAAGACUUGAAAUACAUGGAUGAAAUAUCAAAGAAAAUAAAGGAGAAGGCGGAGAAUUUGAUGAAUUUCCGAGAAAUGACUUUCAUUGUCGAAUCCCUAACGCGUUUGAGUACCUCACGACCUUCAUUUGAGGAUAGAACAGGAUCAUUUAGUUCGUCUGCCGAGUCUGACAAGAAUGAAAAUCCUGAAUGCAAGGUUUUAGUUGAUACAAUUCGCAACUCGUCAAAUCACAUGCUAGUAUUGAUUGCUGACUCAGGCGAAGCGCAACCUUCAGAAGUUCGGCAUUUAUCGUCUAUAAAGAACUUAGUUUCUGAUAUAUCUCGAGCUGUUGAAUCUCUUAUCAAAGAAUUCAAAUUAGGACUGAAUUUUGUAUUACUUCAGGAAGAAUCCCGUUCUCCUCAAACUAUGAAAAAUCUACGACAACGACGUGAUAUUUGCUUAUCACAAGCUGUUACUGCACUUAUUUGUGGUUUUGAAGCGAAAGUCUAUACAUGUUUGUUCAACACAACCUUUAUGAAACAGCUUUGUCAAAUCGGCGUACUUGCAGAGUUUGAAUGUCUUCUCAGUACAUAUGGGGAUGAAAUGGGGAUGUUAGAGGAUAUGUCAACUGCAAUACGAGAUCUUUCGUCAGUCAAAUUUAGGUUUGCAAGAUCCGACGAUGAUAACAUUCCUUAUGUUACUGGAACUAGAACAAAUAUUCAAGUUACAAUUCUGCUUCCUACCGAGUAUUUUUGCCAUUUACCAGAACAAUUACAAGAAGGUCAACAAGUUCGAGUUUAUUCAGUUCUCUUUUGUCAAGGAAUCAAUGAACAUGCAACUUUGGCAGAAAGGUUUGGAGAUACUUCAUUACAAGAAACAAUCAACGAAGAAAAUUUCAGUGUGACAAAUUUUUACUAUCAACAAUUUCGAGAACAUUUUCCCGAUGAAGCAAACGCAUCAAAUUCUUCUGAGCCAGUCUUGAACACACUUGUAGAACAUCUUAAAUCAAAUAUUGCAGCUAAAAAAAGUAAAAAUGUCGAGAUCUUGUUUUUAGCACAAGAGAUUUGUUGGCGAAUGAAUGGCAUUCGUUUUACAAGCUGUAAAAGUGCAAAAGACAGAACGUCCAUGUCGAUUACUUUGGAACAGUGUUUAAUAUUAAAACGCAAAUAUCGUCUUGCACUUGACAUUUUCAACCGAGCCAUUGAUGCGAUGAGAAGUGAAGGUACACGACGUGAAAACUGUUUUAAAAACGCUGGUGUGCGACGCUAUGCGUUCAAUUAUUGGCAGAUGAUGGCACUCCCUCGUUUAUACAGACCUCCUGAUGGUACUUAUGGAAAAAAUAUUCAAACAUAAUGAACAAUUUAAGACAGAAUUAUUAAUAGAGGAAGACGAUUCUUAUAUGGAAUUAAUGGAAUUAAAUAAUUAUGAACUUAAGUAAUCAAUAAAUACUUAAGCUAAAGCCAGGUUAAAUAAUUUGAGGUUAAAAAUUGCACAAAUUGUGACGUAGAUUUUACAAUAAAAUAUAGCUAUGCUGUUUUUGCUUUGUUGAACUAGUUUAUAAAAUGUUUGUGAAAUAUUUUCAAUUGAAAUUUGUAGAAAAAGACUAUAAAUUAUUUAGUCAUUGUAAUGGAAUGUAAUAAUGUGGCAAUUAAAGUCCAAUUUUUGCAAUGGCAUUCACUAAUGUCGCAAUUAAA